AUGUCAGCUGCCUCUCCCAAGAACCUGCCAUCAGGUCAGGGUAUUACGGCAGAGAACCUUCGCGAGUUUCUUCAUUUGCCAGUGAAAGAAGUUGCCAAGCAGUUUGGCAUAUGUCUUUCUUCGUUGAAAAAAGUCUGUCGUCAGCAUGGGAUUAUCCGUUGGCCAUAUCGUCGGAUGCAGAUGAUAGAAAAGAAAAUCAAACUUCUAGAGCUCAAGAGCCCUGAAGACAGUCAAGAUCGCAUGAAAGCUCUCCAAGAGCUGAAGAAACUGCAGAGAGAGCGAGAGGAGUUACCUCACACCUAUGGAUCUCCUCAUUCCAAGUCUUCUUUCUCCACUCCCGAACACUCUCCUAGGAAGUCACUCUGCCCAUCGAAAUUGGCUGGCGAUGUGCUUGAGGAAUGUCCGACCGCUCCAUGUCGAGCUGUGCAUGAGCUCCCAAGGGAAGGACUUGCCAAGGAUGCUGGUGCGACAUACGUGUCUAUGAUCGCAGAAGACCUGCACGCGUCGAAUGAUGCAAGCAGAAAGAGUCAAACCCUUAGGGAUGUUGCGAGCGAGCGCAGAGAAACUCGACCAGCGAACUCAGGGCACACACAGAGCGACGAGGAUCGGACAGUCAAACUUGAGCUGUCGCUGCCUCCAGAGAUCGCAGCACAGCUAUCAGCAGGGGCGCAGAUCGUGUUUCAUCAGGAGAAUGGCCACACAAAGGUUGAAAUCCUUUCAUUCGGGAAGAAGGACAAGUUGGAGCGGCAGAGUGUGAAGGCGCAGCAUCAGAUUGCAGACAAGGCGCCGCAAGCUCCUGCACGGCCCUCGAAGAUAUCCGACGAUGACAUGAUUGACUCUCUCGUACAGUGUGCCAAAAGUCACGACGGCGAUGCGGCUGCGCAGCAAAACUUCGGCUCGACGUCUAAAGCGUCUCGAUCGAGCGACCCGAUGCCCAUCUCCGACCUCGACGACGCGCUCGUGCAAGCGCUGGCAGCUGACGCGUGCUCGGAGACGAAGCCGCAUGCUCGAUCAUCUGCCUGCAGUGACGCCGACCUUGUGGCUGCUCUAGCAGGAUGCGUCAAUAGUAGCGAGAAGGAGGCGGACGCGCAUCCUUGCUCGAGGCCCAACUCUCCCUUCACUUGCAUGGUGGAGUGGUUCGACAAUGCCCACGAGGACAUCGGGCACCUGCAUCACAGCUAUCUGGAUGACGAUGGCAUACUAGAGCCUUUGAUGUGA